AUGGAAUCUGGGUUUGAACUUUGUUUCCCGGAGUCAGAGGUCUAUGCUGCACGGGGGGAUGCUCAUAAUCGAUUUAUGAAAGCGCAUUUUACCAACAGGGGUCACAUUACUUGCAAUGACUUAGAAAAUGCAUUCCUAAAGUCCGAAAGAGGAAGCGAGGACUCGUUCAAAUUGGGACUGCUGUAUUUUGUGGAGUUUGUGAUAAUGGAUUCUCUGUUGUUUGCUCCCGGGAAGAAAGAGAGUGAUGAAGUGAAUGAUGGGAAGGGAAAAGGACAUAAAAAAGGCAGAAACGCGGUGCGGAGUUCAGUGAGAAAAUGGAAGAAAAACGUGGAAGAUGAGAAGCCUAAAAGAAUUAACAGACCUUGA